AUGUUCCACUUGAAGCCGGGUAUUGACUUCCAAGAAAUAAAAUUCACCCGUGGUGUCAUCGACCAAGAACUCAACUGUACCUGCAGACUUACUUUAAGACCCAUACCUCCUCCACCGGCUGUGGCCUUGAGGAUCACUGGGUACCCGAUUUUGUUGCAUGCUGAGAUCAAUUGGGCUGAAUCUGAAAUCAAGCUGGUUCCAGGAACAACCGGAACGUCAGCUUGUAUUGCCAGCUCUCUGGCCAUAUGUUUCAGACCGAAUUUUUCAACGGAAUCGGAGCUGGGACCAGCAAAAAGAAUCUUAUUUUUAGCUAGCUCAGCAGCAAAGUUGGAAUUCUCCGACAGAAAUCCGUACCCAGGAACAACCACAUCAAUCUUCUGGUCGACUGCAAGCUUUACAAUCUCGUCAAUGUUUGUAUAA